AUGAAAAACAAUGAAGAACUCAAGUUGCCAGCUUCAAAUGACAAAGCAUCAUUAUCUGAUGAUGAAUCUGUCAGAAUAAACAUAAAUGAUAGAAAAGAAUCAGAAGAUAAACUUUCAUUUCAAUCUCGAGAUACCCUUGAUUCAGAUCAACUUAAUUAUAAUGAGAAAAAACCGGAGUUUUCAUCUACUAUAUCAACUCAUAUCACUGUCAAAGUGCCUGGACAAGAAAGAAUUACUAUCAUUGAAGAUGUGCAAUACUUUCGCAGUGCAGAAGAAGGCUCGCAACAACCAUCUAUUAAUGCAGAAAAAAAAUCUCAUCCUAGGGUAGAGCAAAUCAAAGAUUCUAAGGUCUAUCAAUGGUUUGUAAAGCAGUGCAAUUCUGCAGACAAUCGCUAUGCCUUCCAAAUGAGUAUUGGAUUUAUCAUUGCUGCCAUCUUUGUCGUUGUUUCACCUCUCUCAGACGUAUUUGCGAAUGCAUUUUGGAUUGGCAUUUCUGUUGUUACUGUGCUUGAUAAUACUGUUGGAGGUCUAGUCAACCUUAGUUUACAACGUUUACUUGGUACUAUCAUUGGUGGUGUAUCGAGUAUUGUAGUGAUGACUAUCACUCGUGCUAUAUUUCAGCCUUCUUGGGACCACAGAGCCAUUAUUCUUCUAUGCUUUCUUAUGUUUGUGCAGGUCUUCUUUAUUGCAAAGAUAAAAAUAAAGCCUAAUACGGCAUACGCUGGUAGUAUUGGCUUACUCACAACGGUUAUUAUUUUACUAUCUGGGUACUCUGAAUUAAUACAAAAUCGAUUAUCGUACACAGCUGAACUAGGUUCAUGGAGAACACUAAACUUAAUCAUAGGCAUUGUUAUCUCGUUAAUUGUCUCUGUAUUUGUGUUCCCAGUCAAAGCAAGCAGUGUUAUGCGAAAGAAUUUGGGCAAAGCAAUGGAAGAUGCCGCUGAUCUGUAUCAGAAAUCGUCCGAAUUCUAUCUGGACUUUAGCGGUAGCACAACAGCAGCUGUCAAUGAGUCCUUGGCCUCUACGAUUGACCGCCAUCUACCAAAUGAGGAAGAAAAUCACAAGCUAUCUGAUAUCAUGGCCAGAACUUUUACAGCUCAACCUCCGGAUUUGAAACCUGAUCUACGAAGCCAAAUUCGUCAGCAAUUAGAAGAAAGUGAUCAGUUCUGGAAGCAUAGUUCAAUUACCAGCGUUAGCAAUGAGGCAUUCUCCGUCUUGGCUAAACUACAAACGGAAUCAACCCGUUUGCGUAAUGUAUCGAAUGAAUAUUAUAUUCAGUCCAUUUUUCGAAUUUUUGGAGGAAAAGAACGAUGUAAGCGUCAUAUGAGAAGAGCCAAGCGUUACAAUGAGGCCAUUGAAGCCAUGAAGAGUAUAGCCUGGCCUUUGGUUUCUUUCCGUUUACUUCAACCAUUGGUAAGCUUAAACCAGACAACUCAGACAAUGCGUGCGGAUGGAUCACCCAAUCUAAAUGAUUCAACAGCUCUUCAGGAACGUAUUACUCCGACAAAAGAAACAUUGGAAAGUUUCAGUGAUAGUUUACGAGUCAUGUACAAAUUAGGCCGUAUAUUGAAAGAUUACAAAAGAUCUCUUAGUGAUUUCGCUGAAGACUGGGUUGAAAUUGAUCGAAUGGUGACUAAUGGAAACUUACAUAUCCAACGCGAACUGAAACAGACUGUGAAAGCAGGCAUGUACUCUCAUAAUCUUGAUGGUCUUAAACUUUUAUCGUAUUAUGGUUUCUUGGUGAGGUGUUCUAUGAUCUGGGAUGGCCUGAAAACCGUAGUUGAGAAACUGAGUCCUUUGAAUGGAACAUUAAGUAGAGCUUCAAGCAUGGGAAUGAACACACCGUUGCCUAACCGAGAAGUUUUACCUGUACCGGAGUGAUAAGAAACCCGUUAAUCUGUGUAAAUUAUUGGGAUGUAUCUAAUAUUGUUAUUUACU